AGAGUUCUGAAGUCUGUGACGUUAUUCUGGAGUGGCGCUGUGUUGUGGAAUUCAGAAAUAAAACAGAUGUUUCAGUAGUUCUCAAGUUUUAGAGCAGAGACCCAGAUCUUUACCGUGAAGCUGCAUCUAAAGCAGACUGUGAAUUGUGGGCUGUGGCACUUGGAGAAGCAAACUCAGAAUAAAACUCAGCAGUUCCAGAGGUUGAUCAUGGAAAUUAAAGAGGAGAGAACAUCAGAUGAGGCACAGCACUUUCUUCCUGCAUCACAGGCAGACAAUCUUAGGGAGCCUCCGUUUACAAGUAUCCAGAGGAUUGCGAAUGAGUCAAAGCUGGAGUUUGUCCUGGCAUGCAAGGAUCUAGUGGCUACUGCCCGUGAUCGGAAGCUGAAUACAUUUGUACAGAUCUCAGUAGUACAUCCAGCAGAACAGACUUUGACGAGAUAUUCAAGCACUGAAAUUGUGGAGGGAACAAGAGACCCACUGUUUUUGACUGGUGUGACAUUCCCACCGGAAUAUCCUAUCUAUGAGGAGACUAAAAUAAAACUAACCGUCUAUGAUGUCAAAGAUAAAUCUCAGGACACAGUCCGCACCCAUGUCCUGUCUGAACACAAGGAGCCAAGAACAGAUGUUGGGCGAAACUUUCUGGGCUUGACUACUUUUAAAGUAGGAGACUUGGUGAAGUCAAAGGAACAACAGUUGACCCUUACCCUGAGAACUUCUGAUGGUGGAAAGACAGUUGGUACCAUAGACGUCAGCUUUGUGAAGAUGGGGGAGAUAGAGGUGGGGGAAGUAGACCACAUCACAACAGAUGUGCAGGGACAAAAGUGUGCACUGGUGUGUGAAUGUACAGCACCUGAAGGCAUAAGUGGUAAAGACAGCUUACCUCUAUUAAAUGCAGUGUUAAAAAACCCAAUCUGUAAAUUAUACAGAUUUCCCACUUCUGACAACAAGUGGCUGCAUAUCCGAGAACAGAUGUCUGAGAGCACUCUUUCUUUCCAUGUUCCUAAGGAAUUGAUCAAUCUGAACAUAAAGGAGGAUAUGAGAAGGAAUCAGGACCUAAAAGAGCUCGGAGAACUUGCUCCACAUUGGGACAAUAUGCGUAAAAAUGUUAUUGCACACUGUGAACAGAUGCUGAACAUGUACCAAGACACUCUUGCAGAUCUUGGGAAACAUACAGGAUCUUCUUUCAAAUCGAGCUGUAGUAAAGGAGAAAAGACACUAGAAUUUGUUCCAAUAAAUCUCCAUCUGCAGAGAAUGCAUGUGCACAGUCCUCGGUUGAAAGAUGCUCUGUAUGAUGUCAUCACAGUGGGAGCCCCUGCAGCACAUUAUCAGGGAUUUAAGAAUGGUGGUCUUCGGAAACUGUUGAGUAAAUUUGAGGCAGAAAGGCGAAAUACUGGAUACCAGUGUAUUUACUAUUCACCUGAAAACACAGCCAAGGCAAAAGAAGUUCUCAGCAACAUCAAUCAUCUACAGCCCCUCAUAUCAAGCCAUGCAGAGCAGCUGCUUAAUUCUGCAAGCCAGCAUUCUCCAGACAGCUUGAAGAAUUCUUUAAAGAUGCUUUCAGAAAAAACAGAGUUAUUUGUGCAUGCCUUCAAGGAUCAGCUGGUCAGAAGUGCCCUUUUAGCGCUAUACACAGCCCGUCCAGGCUGUGUACUCAAGAAGCCAACUGUGCCCAGAAACAGUGUGGAAGGGUGUGGUGAUCAACAGGGUCAGGACCAUCCAUCUCAGAUCAAACGGCAGAACUCUAUACCUCACCAUUCAGAAUAUGAUGAAGAAGAGUGGGAUAGGGUGUGGACCAAUGUGGGGAAGAGUUUAAACUGCAUUAUUGCAAUGGUGGACAGACUGCUUGAAAAAGACAACAGCAGCAGUGGCAUUAAGGAAAGUGAAAAUGACCCUUCAUCUGCAGAUCGCAUGGUAUCACAUACAAGUGGUGACUGGUAUGAGCAGCUUUAUCCCCUCAUAAUUACACUCAAAGACUGCAUGGGAGAGGUGGUGACAAGGGCAAAGCAAUCAAUGACUUUUGUUCUACUUCAGGAACUUGCAUGUGGCUUGCCACAGCGUUUGAUGCUGACCCUACGAAGAGACAUCGUCUUCAGUCAAGCACUUGCUGGAUUGGUCUGUGGGUUUAUAAUCAAAUUGCACACAAGUUUACGUGAUCAAGGCUUCCUACAGCAGCUUCAUACUGUUGGGUUAAUUGUUCAAUAUGAAGGACUUCUCAGCACGUAUAGUGAGGAAAUUGGGAUGUUAGAAGAUAUGGCUGUGGGCAUUUCAGAUUUACAGAAAGUAACGUUUAAAAUAAUUGAAGCCAAAUCCAAUGACUUCUUGCCUGUAAUAACUGGAAGGCGUGAACAUUAUGUAAUAGAGGUCAAGCUUCCAGCAAAGAUGUUUGAGUUGCUGCCACAAGAGAUCAAAGAAGGAAAGCAGCUGCAUGUGUACCCAGUCCUCUUUAAUGUUGGAAUCAAUGAACAGCAAACACUUGCAGAGAGGUUUGGAGAUACCACUUUGCAAGAAAGUGUUAACCAGGAAAAUUUUGAACUUCUUAAAGAAUAUUACAAAUUGUUUACUGAAAAAAUGCCUCCUGAUUGCCUACCACAUUUUCAAGAACAGAAUGAUCUAAAGGGAUUACUAGAAAAUCUCCAUCAAAAUAUCCAGGCUAAAAAAAGAAAGAAUGUAGAAAUCAUGUGGGUGGCUGCAACGAUUUGCCGCAAGCUAAAUGGAAUCCGUUUCACUUGUUGCAAAAGUGCCAAAGACCGGACAUCCAUGUCAGUGACACUAGAACAGUGCUCAAUCUUGAGAGAUGAACAUCAACUGCAUAAGGACUUCUUUAUCCGGGCACUGGAUUGUAUGAGAAGAGAAGGAUGCCGCAUAGAGAAUGUACUGAAGAAUAUCAAAUGCAGAAAGUAUGCAUUCAACAUGAUACAGCUGAUGGCUUUCCCAAAGUACUACAGACCACCAGAGGGGACAUAUGGAAAAACUGAUACCUAAGUUUAUAAUGUAAUAAGAAACACACAUCUGUGCUAAUUAGAUAAUAUAAAAAUUGCUGUUUGUGUGUCAUGAAUUGGGAGUGUGUAACAAAACUAGGAGUUAUCUUGGUCAGCUAUCAAUGGAUCUAUUUUAAAUUAAAGUAACUGCAGUCCGUUACUAUGAAAGAAAACCUCAAUUAUUGUCUGAUUAAUGCUUGAGUGUUCUCAAAACCAAGUAUAUACAGCCCUCAAUGCUAGACUGUAAUUUAACCAGAUUCUGUAAAGUAGUGGAGUUGGGCCUCAUAAGUAGCUUGAUGGAAGACCAAAAAGGAAAAUGCAGAUUGCUGCAGGAAUUGCUGUUAGUGAGUCCAUAGGGGGGCACUGUGAGUCUGUACUGGUGCUAUACCUGAGUAGUGUGUGUGAAGUGGCAGCAUCCUGCUGGAGGUGAUGUCUUCUGCGUCAGGCGUAAAACAGAGAUCCUGGUCCCUUGUGGUCAAAGACCACCUUGCAUUCUUUGCAAGGCAUGUUAAUCUCGGUCUGUUGGCCAAAUUUAAAUUUGGUAAUUACAUUCUGCUUCUCUAUAGAAGUUUUGGUAAUUGCAGAUUGUAAUUUGAAGUUUGGUAAUUACAUAAUGUAAUUUUAGUAACUACAGUUUGUAAUUUGGCAAUUGCAUUCUGCCUCUCUGCAGUUUCAGUUGGCUGUAUUAUGCUUGGCAUUCUGUGCUAGAGUCAAAUCCUACUCAUUUUAUUUAUUUGUUAGUCUCAGUAGAGUCAGAGGGAUUACUAGUGUGGGUAAAGUGACCCACAUUUGCCCCUUAGACUUCAUUGAGUGUUUCUCUGCUUCAUUUUGGCACUGGGUGAUGUGAUUCCUAUGUAUUAGAGGCAACGUAGCUCUUUCGGAUGGAAUUACUUACAUGUACAGUUUUGUUAAUUUUUAUACAGCACAAAGCCCAACAUAAGCAUAAUAAUGAGGGUAAGUACUCCUUAAUCUGCUACGUUGUGGCUAGUUAGCUUAUUUUCUAUCACAUGUAUAAUGCAAUAUGUAAGCAAAGGAUACUCUUCAGCCUUAAGUGUGAAUUUUAGUGCUUUUGCCAGCUUGUGUCACUCCUAAAUUUAUCUUCUAGACAUCACAGGGUUUUUAAUCACAUCAGUUUAUUAUAGUCCACCCCAACAAAACAAAACACAAAAUCACUCAAUGAUGACUGACGUUUGUAUAGCACCUUCAUUUUGGAGAUAAAAUAUUUAGGGCAGGAAGUUAAGAAUUUUAUCCGAGUAAAACGACAUUGGAAAUUUAAGAUACCGUAGGCAAAGUGUAAUUACCAAAAUCAGAAUUUGGCCAAGAUAGAGUGGUUAACACACCCACCCCUGCUGGUAUAGAAGUCACAGAAGUACUGGGGCAUAAUGAACUCUAAAAUGCUCCUUUCAAUCCAUUGGGAUACGUUGUGUAAAUGUGUAUUUGUACUAAUAAAAUAUAUAUUUAAGACUGUAAUUCCGCAAACAUGCACAUGUAACAAGGAAAAUGAGCAGUCAUGUGAGUAAAAUUUACAUGUGUUCCUAAAUGUUUGAAAGAUCAGGCCUUUGAAUAAUUAUUAAACAUAUGGGGUGAAAUCCUGGCCCCAACUCCCAUUGACUUCAGUGGGGCCAGGAUUUCACCCAUGCUACAAACGUUCUCGGUGAAUUUGGAACAGCUUGUUCAAAGCAGGUGAUACUGACAUUUAAAUAAUAUUUGGGUACUUUUAUGAUUUACUCAUACGUAUGAUUUCUUUGGCACUGUCUUGAUCGAUCAUUGGAUAUGUAUUUAGAUUUUUCUUUUAUUAUAUACACCUCUACCCCGAUAUAACGCGACCCGAUAUAAUACGAAUUCGGAUAUAACGUGGUAAAGCAGCGCUCCGGGGGGGGCGGGGUUGCGCACUCUGGCGGAUCAAAGCAAGUUCAAUAUAAUGCGGUUUCACCUAUAACACGGUAAGAUUUUUUGGCUUCUGAGGACAGCGUUAUAUCGAGGUAGAGGUGUAUUAAAUACCCAAUAGACCACAAAGAGCCUUUUGCAGUUGUCACAGUAUCUUCCAUAAAUACACUACGGAGAUAAAAUCAGACAGAUGUGAACUGAAGGGCUUGCAUUCCUUUCAAUACUAUAUAAUUUACUAAUGGAGUUAACCAUUGCAUUCUAACUUAUAAAUCUGUAUUUUUAUAUGGAUUUUUAACCACUACAGAACUGAGCCAUAUAAAGUCUUAAUUCGGAUUUAUUGAACCAAAGUCUUCCUAGCAAUGUUACAAUCUAUCCUGUCAGUCUAGCUGCCACAUUUGCUGUGAUCUCAACAUUCUUUUUGUUAUGUUUACAGUUUAAAAAAAAGUUACUGAAUAUAUACAUUAGGGGCUUGAGCCUGCAUUUCUCAUGCAUCUCCGUAAAACAAUCCUAUAGAAUUUACUGGAGAAAUAUAAGCUUUUUAUAGUAUUUUUAAACCAAUCUGCAAAUUUCUAUGGCAGGGGUAUCAUUCUCUGUUAAAUUCUGUAGGUUUCUGAGUAAUUUACCUACAAACCCCACUGACUUUAUCCAUAUUAAAUUCUAUAGAAAGGGAAAGGAAUGUUUCAAGAUAUUUGUCUCUAGAUUUUAAAUCAUAAUGUUGAGACAUUUUAAAAACAUUUUGACUCUGAAUUACUAUUGCACCCUGAUCAUAUUGUGUUUAAUUAUGUCAUUUUAAAUAAUGAAGCUAUAUGCGUCAUGUGCAAACAAGGGCUUAAAUUGCUGUAAUAAACAUUAUUUUUACAUAUUUUUUAACCUUGAAAAUCACCCACAAUUGUUGUUUUUAAAUUAUCAGUUUGUUUCCCCAAAUAUUUUUAAAACCCACACAAUACUCUGCAGUGAAACAGAACUGGGCACAAUAGUGUUUGGGUCUUUAAAAAAUAUUGUUGUUUUUUUUAGGCAAGGCAGAUGCUUUGCAUGCCAAGUUUUUGAUUGGAACAAAUAUUUACAGAUUCAAAGACCCACAGAAAACAUGCUGGCACAGCUUCAAGUAUAUAAGCAUACACAUUGCUACUUCAAUGUUGAAAAAUCCUUUUCUGUUGAAAUAUUUCCUCUGACUUAGAUUUCACAGGGUAGAUCUUGAGCUGGUGUGAAUUGUUACAGGCUCAUUGACUGCAAUGGGCCUAUGACAAUUUACAAAAGCUGAGGAUCUGUCUCCAAAACUGAGUUGUCAGCUAAUCAUGGAUUCAAAACUAAAUAUUCUUCAACCUGGAUUUUUAUGAAUACAAAUAAUCCUUUGCUGCUGUUACCAACUACAACAUACCCAUUCAGGAUGGAGGGCCUUCCCAAAGCCCUGCACACCACUGGAAGGAUUAACAGAGGGCUCCGAAUGCAUAUUGGAGGAAUAAUUCUGAACAAAUCGAUUUUCAUGAGCAAACUGUACCAUUUGCUAAUGUAUUAUUGAAGAGAACUGACUUUUCUUAAUGGCAGAGUCACUACAAUGUUCAGACUUUGCACUGUAAAAACUUUUGUAAGGCAUGAAAGCUUUUAUUUUGAAAGCCAGUCUUUCAAGGGAUAGAAAACAGCCACGUUUGAAGUGUAUCUGGCAUUUAAGGCCAAAUUCUGCUUGCCUUACUCAUGUGACUAGUCCCGCUGAAGUCACUUGCUUAAAUAAGAUCAGCAGGAUUUGACUCAGUGAAAUUUGAGCAAAAGUGCUACCCACAUUAAAUGUUUGCAUAGCGCACUGGUUAUCUACUUGUGUAAUUUUUGUAUUAUAGGUUAGCAUGGAAGUAGAAAACCAGUUUAAAUUUUAAGAAAAGGGAAAAGCUAAGUGCAACCUUAAUGUAAUAUUUUCUCAGUGAUAUCUGUAAAACUUCUAUUCUUCAAUAUAUGCAUAGGUCUGACAUAUUGUCAUACAGGCAAGUCUUUUCUUCUGCGUUCUUCUUUUGGGGAGUUUGGUAAGAAUAUACUUUUAAUAUUUAUUGUUUAUAGUUUAGCUUUUAUGAAAUUAUUAGAAUAUAGAGAACAUUUGUAAUUCCAUUGUCUCAUUAUGUCUAUAUGUUGCUGUGUAUGUUGAUGAAACAUUAGCAAUACAUGUACUGUGAUGAACCAGCAAUAUAAAGAGCAGGCCGAAGCCAACAAAAGCAGCAUCAGUAAAAGUUCUUUGCACUAUGAAUUUUAAUGUCCAGAUUUUUGGCUUCAGUUGUAAGCAGGAAACAAUAAAAUAUAUAUAUAUUGGGCCCUCUUUAAAUCCACACAAAUUAAUCCAAACCAAAAUUGUUAUUUAAAGCAAAUUAAAGCCUGGCUGGCAAUAUUCUAAAUCACCACUGAUGUUUUAGGUGCCUGGCUGCAAAGAAGUGCAGAACGUCAUGUGUUUACAUUUGUUAGCAUAUAGUGUGACUCUUAUUAUACUUCAGGAAAUAAGUUGAUUUUUAUUAUCAGUUUUAAGAGAUGGUUUGAGAAAUUCUGUGAUCAAUUCUUUCAAAGUGGUGAACAUAUUAAACAUCAUAAGGUGUAAUUGUUAAAGAUUACACUGAAAAAAUUCAGCAUAAAAAAGUUACUUGAUUGAGGCAAUUUUAGAAUUAUUUCGCAUCAGGUGACUCUGCUAUGAACUUAAACCCAUUAAUUUCUAUAUUUAUGCUUUUUUGCCAUAAAGAGAGAGCAUGUUGUAUUGGCAUUACCAUCAGAUAUGAAUUGCAUCUUGCCUUUUGUUACUUUGUAGUUUUUAAAAAGAGCUGUGCAUUCAAGCAGAUGUUUCCAAUUGCUGAAAAAAAGAAGCUUUACAUAAUUGAUUAUUGUUUAAAAGGGAAAAAAUCAAAGGGAUCUGGAAGAUCAAAUAUUUUAAAAAUCAUCACAAAAUUGCUUCCUCAUAUACAAGAGAAAUGGUUUUCCAGUAGCCUAGAGUAUUGAUUGGUAUUCUGUUUUUCUUUAAUCAUAUAACACAGAGAUUCUCAAACUGGGGGUUGUGACCCCUCAGGGGGUCGCGAGAUUAUUACAUAGGGGGUCAGGAGCUGUGAGCCUUCACCCCCAAACCUGCUUCACCUCCAGCAUUUAUAAUAGUGUUAAAUAUAAAGAAAUGUUUUUAAUUCAGAAGAGAUGUCGCACUCAGAGGCUUGCUGUGUGAAAGGGGUCACUAAUACAAAAGUGUGAAAACCCCUGAUUAACACAUCAACUGUUGUGUGCUUUGUAUGCUCUAAAAUGGUCAUAACUUCUAAAAUACCUUUAUUUUUUCCUUUCGCCAAACACAAUCUUCUGAAUAAGUAAUGUAGCAAAUUAAAAGGAGCCUAUAGUAUAUUACCAAAAAUCCAAGACUGAAAAAUUACAUUCACUCACACAAGCUUGGGAAUCAGGACCUUAAAAAACCCUUAUUUGUGAAAUCACAUACCCAAAUUCCAAAGAACACAUACAGAAAACACCAGAAGUGUGUGAGGGAAGAAUGGUGAUGGGGCAAGGUAAUGCAGUGAGUGGGGGGCUUGUUUGUUUUUUUGGGGGAGGGAGGGAUGGUGACAGUGCAGCUCAGAUUGCCUUCCCUUAGCGUGAGUGAGGAUUAGCAUUUGGUUGGUGGUGUUUGUAAUUUUUCCACUUUACAUGCACAUAGUUUUACCUUAUGUGCUUUAAAAUUAGAUGAAGAGCAGCAUGAUUUCCAAAUAUUUGUGAAAGUUAAUCGUAUAAUCACAGGUUACUAUGGUACUUGUUUUCCUUUUGUGUAGCUAUUCUUGUGUAACUGUAAUGGCCAAAUCCUGCUCUCUUUAGUCAAUGUGACUACUCGUACGAGCAAGACUACAGGCUUUAGCCCACAAUGUGUAUUUAUUCAGAGAAACUGAAGCCUCAGCUCCUUCUAUCUUUGUACUUCAGGAACUACUAUUUUUGUUUGGUUGCUGUAUGUAAGCCAUAUCCAUUGUACACCAUGUGUAUAUUUUUAUUUAAAUAAAUGUGACUUUUAUUUUUUA